UAUGUACAAAGUUGGCGUCAAACAGAAGAGGUUUAAUGAAGAAUCUCUGACCAUUGAGAAGGUCAAAGCUGAACUCCCAGAUGCACUCAAUGAGGAAAAUAAGAGAGUCAAUGUUGACAGUAGCAAGAAAUUGGCCUGUAAGCAGUAUAUGGACUAUGACGGAUUCCAUCAAAUGGUCCUUGGAGCUAACCUUAUUCCAAUCAAAAAGGGAUCACUUGAUAGUAUCGGAGAUAGACAGAUGAAAUGGCAUGGAAUGAACACUCAUGCAGCCCUUACUGAUAUCCUUAACAAGAACUAUAAAGACAAAGCAGAUAUUCUUGACUCUUAUGUAGACCUUUUCAAGAAGGAAGAGGAGCUCAAGCGAGUUCCCAAGACUCAAUCUGAAUUUGAAAAGUACUUCUGAAGUAAGCUAAAGACAUCGGAGGAUAGGUUCAAGUACAUCUUAAACAUUCCUAUUUCAGAAGCAGGUACUAUCUUCAGCAGUGAAGUUAACUCUGAGCUGCUAGUGCAGAUUCUUAAGGUUUUUCAAGAAGUGAUCAGUGACCGGAUCCAAAUGCAAAAUGACGAAAAUUCUACAGAAGAAAAUGAAUCUACUGGCAAGGUCAUAUUCACCUAUAUUGGUGACUUUAUGAAUGUCAUAGGGCAAUCAGAAGGAUUUGAUUUUUGAGUCUGUUUCCUUGGAGAUGAAGAAAAAGAUAUUGUUGCACAAAUCUGAACCCAAUUAGCAGAAAUUGAGUACCCUGAUGUAGGAAAGAUCAAAGAAGCCUAUCAAAUCGAGUAAGAGUAAAAAGGAAUUCUAGAAGGUUCAAUUUUGA